AUGAACUUUCACUCUAAUUGGAGAUGUGAAAAAAUGUAAUUUAUUAGGGAUGUUCUUGUUCAUAAAAAUGUGGUCCCUAUUCAUUUACAAAAUAGGAUAAUGAAAGAAUUAGAUUUUUAGAUCAGAGCCUUUGCAAAUAUAAAUAAAAGUUCAUUCUCUCCCAAAAAGAGCUGCAAUCGUCGCCUUAAAACUCUUGAUCAGAGUCCCUGCAAUGUAAAAUAUGAAAGAAGUGUGAGCAUGAAUUAUAAUAAGGAUUAGGACUGUUUUAGAUGUAAAAAAUUCAAUUUUCAGAAUAAAAUCAUAAUCCAUUGCGAUACUGGUUAGCACAUGUUUCAUGAAAAGUGCAUCCUUGAUCUAUUUAAAGAAUAACUCUCAGAUACUGAGCCCCAUUUUUCUUGCUUUUGUGGGAUAAAAUUACAUCCAGAGUAAGUGAGGCAGCUUAAAAUAAGAGGUAUAGAGCAAUUAGUUAAUUAAUUGUAUGAAUAAUAACUAAAAUGUAUUACUUAUUAACUACAAAUUCAGAAUUGUCUAAAUCAAAUGUGUAAUUUUUUUUGGAUAACCAGUUCUCAGAAAUCAAGAAAAUAUGGAAGACAACUUAAACCUCUCAAAAAACACUACUGUCCUUAUUGUUGA